GAAAAUUUUUUCUUAUUUUUUGUUAAUGUUUUGUUUUCCAUUGCUAAUGUCCUAUAUAUUAUUAUGACAUGGUUUAUAUUAGUAUAAAUGCCACGAGUACCGUUUUUUGCCUUAAGGCGCAUAGUUCUUUACUUUAUCUUCUAUUAUUUUUCAAGUAUCAUUUGCUUUCUACCAUAUGUCUUAGAUAUGAAUUUCUUACAGGAAACCUCUACGUUGUUGAUUCUUCCGAUAAUUUCUCAAAAUCAGUUGAAAAGUUCGAUCCAUCAAGUAACAAAUGGGAAAAAGUAAAAGACAAAAAUCUCAACAGUGGUUAUUCAACAGCACUGGGUGCUAGAGGUUGUAUAUACAGCAUUGGUGGCUAUAUAUCAGGUCGUUCAACCAACCAAGUAGAAAGAUUUGACCCAACAUCAUCAACUUGGUCAUUUGUUGCAUCCAUGUAUGAAGCAAAAAUCAAUGUCGCAGCUGUUGAAAAUGAAGGAAAAAUAUAUGUUCUAGGUGGAUAUGCGAACAAUCACUUGACAACUGUUGAACGAUAUGAUAUUUCAACGAACGUGUGGUCCACGGUAACUCCCAUGUUAACGAAGCGGAGCUGGUUUAGUGCUUUUGUGAUUGAUUCAAAUAUUUACGCAAUUGGAGGAAGGAACAGUUCACCAGGAAGCAUGGAAAAGUUUGAUUUCAAGAAGAAUCAAUGGGAGAUGAUUGACAUGAAGAACAUGAAUCUGGCGAUACUCAAUGCAGUGAAGAUUAAUUUGAAGUGAUUUGAUUGUAUAUAACAGGGAGCAGUUCCUUGUGUUACCAUUAAAGGACAUGCUAGUAGUUUAUGUUUGUAUUCUUACUAUUAUGGAAUUGUAUGAAAGAUAUUUGACAUUUAAUAGGUGCUCGUGUUACCACUGAGUAAAUUUUUUAAACUUCUAUAAUAAUUUCUUGCAUUACUUACCGUUAUUAUUUUAUAUAGUUUUCUUAAAUGUAAUUACUCAAUGACAUUGCCUAGAAAACUUCAACUCACUGGACAUAGCUAUGUUUACUACUGAUGUGAAGAAAUUAUUUUAAAUGAUGUGUUUGUAUUAAAUACCCUAUAUUUGUUUGUAGCAUUUUUAUGUGAAUUCCGAGUAUGACAGUGUGUAGUCGGACAGAAACGACGCCCAUAUAAAAAAACAAUUGUUGGUUGAUGGACAUUUUGAUUCCCGCUCUCAGUGACAGGAAAACAUAGUUUAUAAAUCUAACAUUGGCCUCGACUCCUCAGCCCUGAUUUAGCUUGCUUAUCAUUUAAAGUUAAUUUUUAGCAAAUUGGAGUGGGAUUCUAUAUCCUUGUUAUGUGGAAUUUGUCACCAAUAUCAUAUGUCAUUGGAAGCGAGUGUUAUAUAUAGCCAGUGGCCAGUAAAAAUUAAAUUGAUUUAUUAUUCCUAUUCAGUUUUUAAUGCCAUUCGAUAUUAUCUGGGUAUGAAAUAUUGUCUUGUGCAUUCUUCAAGCGGUUUCUUCAUCAAUUGAAUUCACUUAUCAUUUCUUAAUCAAAAUCCGUGAAUGGAUUGCGAUUCAUAAAUUGAAGUUUAUUUCUGCUUCCAAUAUAUUCGAUGAUGAUUAAUUUUUUUUUCAUCUUUGCUGUAUAUUUUAUCGCUUAUAUGCAAUCAAUACUUUACUACCAUGCAUCUAACGCUAAAUUCAAUUCUUCACUUUUUAUCUGUUUUGAAAAUCCACUGCAUGAUCCGCCGCUCUGUCUUUUUAAUCACAUAGUUUGAAUUGAUUACGUUUGAUGCAUUCCAAAUGUUUGAACUUUACAUUGUGACAAACCUUUAUUAAAUAAACUAACGAAUUAAUUAAUUUGUCCAUUUCUCAAAUUCCACGUCAAUUUGGAGGAUUGCUUUGGUUUUCAGCGAAAAUUUGUUUCGUUAGUUUCAAGUGGGAAUUUAUUGCUGUUGAACCUGGAAAAGACGAUUGCACUUUAAA